CUCUCUCUCUCUCUCUCUCUCUUCCGGAGAAGACAAACCGGAGGUUGUUGGCGAAGGACUGAGAUGGGAUGCUCGUUCUCAGGGUUGAAUGCUCUAUACGACGCCGUUAAUGGCGGCGGGGACGUGUGGAUCAAUCAGAACCGAUUCAGGAUUGUGAAGCAGCUCGGAGAAGGUGGCUUUGCAUUCGUUUAUCUCGUCAAGGAGGUUGUCAGGGACGGUGCCUCCGGCGGCGGAGGGCUUUCCGGGAAGAAAUUGAAGAACCCUACACACGUCUCAGAUGACGGGACAUAUGCGUUGAAGAAAGUCCUAGUUCAAAGUGAAGAGCAAUUAGCGUUGGUAAAGGAGGAGAUACACGUUUCGUCACUAUUUGGCCAUGCUAACCUCCUUCCACUCCUUGAUCAUGCUAUUAUUGCUGUCAAGGGUCCACAAGAAGGAAGGUGGAACCAUGAAGCGUAUUUAUUGUUUCCAGUUCAUAUGGAUGGGACUUUACUUGAUCAUGUCAAAGCUAUGCAAUCAAGAAAGGAAUUCUUCUCAGUGCUCACUGUUCUUCAAAUUUUCCGUCAGAUCUGUACUGGACUAAAGCAGAUGCACAGUUUUGAUCCUUCAUAUGCCCAUAAUGAUGUGAAACCUGGUAACGUUCUGAUAACACAUAGGAAGGGACAGCCACCUCUUGCCGUAGUGAUGGAUUUCGGUAGUGCUAGGCCCGCUAAACUGAAAAUACGUUCUCGUUCAGAGGCUUUACAAUUGCAGGUGCGCGAAUCCCUCUUGUAUCAGAGAGUUUAUUUCUUAUGUUACAUAGUUAUUGACAAAUAGCUGGACCAUUUACCA